UGGAGGAGUGGAGGCCAGGCCGUACAAAAGAGAAAACAGAUGGGACCCAGAGCAGCAGGGAGCUUCACCUUGAGAUCUGAUUCAGUUGUGUGAACUGCCCAAGAGUCCAACAGCCAUCUAAGUCUAGAGUGAGAGGAUUGCCUCGCCUGGAUGGAAUCGGGCACUGAAGAGAUGGACUCCCUUGUCAGCAGGCCCAGACACUUCUGUUUUCUGAGCAUCUACCUCUGUAAAAGGAAGAGAGAGAAAGGAAGGAAGCUCAGUGCGCAGAGGCCUGGGACCCCGAAGCGGAAGUCUUUCUCCCCUGGCCUAGGGAACAGCAGCUGCGGGAUCAGUGCUUUAUGCACUAAAGUUUCAAUAGUGAACGCACCAGACACAACCAUCCGCUUUUGUGGGGCUCACAUUCUUACUCUUUAAGAGCAGUGGGAAUCAGUAAACCUUGGCCAUGAUCACUUCCUCUUUUCCAACCCGCGUGGCAGUUUUUGCCCUGAUCAGCCUGCGUGUCGGUGCUCUGGACACUUUUGUAGCUGCAGUGUAUGAACAUGCCGUCGUUUUGCCAAAGAAAACAGAAACGCCUGUUUCUCAAGACGAUGCCUUGCUUCUCAUGAACAAGAAUAUAGAUAUUCUGGAGAGUGCGAUUAAGCAGGCAGCAGGGAAGAAUGCUCGAAUCAUUGUGACUCCAGAAGAUGCACUUUAUGGGUGGAAAUUUACCAGAGAAACAAUUUUCCCUUAUCUGGAGGAUAUCCCAGAUCCUCAGGUGAACUGGAUCCCAUGUCAAGACCCCCACAGAUUUGGUCACACACCAGUACAAGCAAGACUCAGCUGCCUGGCCAAAAACAAUUCUAUCUAUGUCUUGGCAAAUAUUGGAGACAAGAAGCCUUGUAAUUCCCAUGACUCCACAUGUCCUCAUAAUGGCUAUUAUCAAUACAAUACCAAUGUGGUGUACGAUUCAGAGGGAAAACUGGUGGCACGUUAUCAUAAGUACCACCUAUACUCUGAACCUCAGUUUGAUGUUCCUGAGAAACCAGAGCUGGUAACUUUCAACACCACAUUUGGAAAGUUUGGCAUUUUCACAUGUUUUGAUAUACUCUUCCAUGAUCCUGCUGUUACCUUGGUGAAAGAUUUCCAUGUGGACACCAUAUUGCUCCCUACAGCUUGGAUGAAUGUUCUGCCCCUCUUGACAGCUAUUGAAUUCCAUUCAGCUUGGGCCAUGGGAAUGAGAGUUAAUCUUCUUGUGGCCAAUACACAUCAUGUCAGCUUAAAUAUGACAGGGAGUGGCAUCUAUGUACCACAUUCUCCCAAAGUGUACCACUAUGACAUGGAAACAGACUUGGGAAAGCUCCUCCUUUCAGAGGUGGAUUCACAUCCCCAAACCUCUUCUUCCUACCCAACAGCUGUGAAUUGGAGUGCCUAUGCCAUGGCCAUCAGACCAUUCUCAGUACAGAAAGACACUUUCAGAGGAUUUAUUUCUCGGGACGAGUUCAAUUUUACAGAACUUUUUGAAAAUGCAGGAAAUAUUACAAUUUGUCAAAAAGAGCUCUGCUGUCAUUUAAGCUACAGAGUGCUAGAAAAAGAAGCAGAUGAAAUUUAUGUCCUAGGAGCCUUUACAGGAUUUCAUGGCCGAAGGAGGAGAGAAUACUGGCAGGUAUGCACAAUGUUGAAAUGUAAAACUACUAAUCUGACCACAUGUGGACGGCCAGUAGAGACUGCUUCUACACGAUUUGAAAUGUUCUCCCUCAGUGGCACAUUUGGAACAGAGUAUGUUUUUCCUGAAGUUCUACUCACUGGAAUUCAUCUAUCACCUGGAAAAUUUGAAGUGCUAAAAGAUGGGCGUUUGGUAAAUAAGAAUGGAUUAUCUGGGCCUAUCCUAACAGUGUCACUGUUUGGGAGGUGGUACACAAAGGACACACUUUACAAAUCAUCUGGGACCAACAAUUCAGCAAUACCUUACCUGCUAAUCUUCAUUGUCCUAAUGACUGCAGAUUUUCAAAAUAUUGUAUUGCUGUAAGGUACCUCUGUCUUGCUCAGUUUUGCAUCAUACAUGUUGCUAAAUGUGUUUAUCAGGUUCCCAAGUCUGCUAAGAACCUUUGAAGGGCUACCUCAGUAGAAUAGACAAGUAAUUCUUAAGUAUUUUUGUCUUUAAAGAUUAUUUUUAAGUUUGUUGAUAAUCGUGUCCUUUUUUGGCUUCUCUGAAAUAGUGCUUUGUGGUACAACAGAAACAGCAUAGGUGUUUGAAUUGGAUAAAUGAGGGUGAAAUAGGGUUCCAGCCCUAUAUGCUAUGAGACUUUGUAGGCUUGGGUGUGAGGGCACAGAGUGAAGACUUUCAUAGCUGUGUACUUGAAGAGAAACUGACUUUAAAGACAAUGUGAGCUCAUCUCAUUUUCUAAUGAUUAGAGGUAAAUUUGCUUGCUCAUCAGAUGCUCAUGUUUUGUUUUUUUUUUUUUAAAGUAAUUUGUAUUUUGUAAAGUAAUUUGUUUGAAAGUCAGAGUUAUACAGAGAGAGAAGGAGAGGCAGAGAGAGAGAGAGAGAUCUUCCAUCCGCAGGUCAGUUGGCCGCAUUGGCCGGAGCUGUGCCGAUCUGAAGCCAGGAACCAGGAGCUUCUUUUCAGUCUCCCACGUGGGUGCAGGGGCACAAGGACUUGGGGCAUCUUCCACUGCUUUUCCAGGCCAUAGCAGAGAGCUAGAUCAGAAGUGGAGCAGCUGGGUUUCAAACUGGCACCCAUAUGGGAUGCCGGCACUGCAGGCAGAGGCUUUACCACAGUGCCGGCCCCAGAUGGCCAUGUUGAAGUAUACCUUAAUAGUGACAGCUGUUUUGAGAUGUACUAGAAGACACGACAGCUAUUCUAGGUUCAUAUCAAAGGACUGGACCAGGUCAUUCACAGCCCUAAUUUGUUCCAUUUGAAGGCUAAGUUUCCAAUCAACAGGCUCAAGUUCCAUGACACCAAUUCCAUGAAAGUUAAUUAUAACACAAUUUGAACAUUGGACAGUGUACUUUAAAAAAUACAUGGAUCCCAUGCUAUUUGAAGGAUAGUGGUGAAUUUGUUACUUCUAAUUUAAUACAGAUAUUCUUACAGCUGAAGAAAUGACUUCAGAUUUCCAGGUAGCUUUCUCAUUUUGUGUCUCCAAAAUUAUUUUUAAGUUCAACAAUUCUACAUGAAAAAGUAAUUGAGACAUGGUUUGUUUUUUAUAUAUUAUCAUAAAUCUCAUGGAUUCAAUUUGAUUAUUCUACCAAAAUUCAUUAGGAAAUUAAGACUAUCUUCAUAAUGUAGUAGUUACCGUUAAGAGAAGGGUUAUGAAGGUUAAGCCAAGCUUUGUGUUUAGUUUUGAGAAGAGCUUAGAUGUUUCUUAUAUUCAGUACUUGGAUAUCAAAGAUAGUAUUUUAAAGCUGUAGCAAACACACAUGUAUGUUUAUAGUCCAAAUCACAUAAUUGUCAAAGUUGUGUAUUCUUUUGUCUUCAUGAAGUAUGCAACAUUUCAGGUUUAUCAGGUUUUGCUGGAGGAAGUUAGAUGUUACACAAUGGUUUUGCUGUGUGUUGUGACACUUGGGCAAUGAUGUUUCCAUUCUAGAAGUAUAGAUGUUAAAAAGAAAUCAACAGCUGACCAGAAGUCAACAGCUCUCCUUAAGCCCAUUGAAUUGAGUAUGAUAUAGAGUCUAUUUUUAAAAAUUUUUUUUAACAGGCAGAGUGGAUAGUGAGAGAGAGAGACAGAGAGAAAGGUCUUCCUUUUCCGUUGAUUCACCCUCCAAUGGCUGCUGCGGCACACCACGCUGAUCCGAAGCCAGGAGCCAGGUGCUUCUCCUGAUCUCCCAUGCGGGUGCAGGGCCCAAGCACCUGGGCCAUCCUCCACUGCACUCCCUAGCCACAGCAGAGAGCUGGACUGGAAGAGGAGCAACUGGGACAGAAUCCGGCGCCCCAAAUGGGACUAGAACUCAGUGUGCCAGCGCCGCAGGCGGAGGAUUAGCCUAUUGAGCCGUGGCGCUGGCCAAGUAUGAUAUAGAGUCUAAGGGACUGUUCUUUGAUUCAGACUUGGAGCUGUCAGCUGGGCCUCAAUUCUUUCAAAAACAAAAGAGAAGCACAAGACCCAAGGAAAAUGAAGAAUACUUAAGCUCAAUCAUAGAAUGGUUUAUACCUUGACAUUUCAACCCAUCAUUCCACAGUGGAAUCACCUAGGAAAUUUAUUUUACCAAACAACCCAAUAGUUUGAUUUGCAAUAACUUAGGGAAAUGUACCCAAGGGACCAGCUGUUUAAUUUCUAACCUGUCAAGUGUCAGAGUCUAGUUUCUUUAAUAACUGUCUUUUAUCUCCUUUUUGAAAUUUUGUAUAAUGGGGGAGGUGCUGUGGUGUAGAAGGCUAAGCUUCUGCCUGCAGUAUCAGCAUCCCAUAAGGGCACUAGUUUGAAUCCCAGCCACUCCAUUUCUGAUCCAGCUCCCUGCUAAUGCCCUGGGGAAAGCAGCAGGAGAUGGUCCAAGCGGUGGGUUCCCAGCACUCACAUGCAAGACCCAGAUGAAACUCCUGGCUCCUGGCUUCACCCUGACCCAACCCUGGCUGUUGCAGCCAUUUGGGGAGUGAACCAGUGGAUGGAAGAUUCUCUCUCUCUCUCUCUCUCUCUCUCUCUCUUUCUCUCUCUCAGCCUUUCAAAUAAAUGAAUAAACAAAUAAAUAAAUCUUUACAAAAAUUUUGUCUAAGUUUUUUUUUAUUGGCAAUAAAGAUAUCCUAUAUUUGGAGUUGGACUGAUGCUAACAGCAUAAUAUUUCUUGAUCUUCCUUACAUUGCAUGCCAAACUUCCAAGUUAUAAGCAGGUAAAAAUCUUUCCAUUGCAGUUUAGUCUAAUAAAGACUAAAUAUGCAAGCAUAAAAAUGUUUCCAUUAUAAUCAGCCACAUAGCUAAUGAAUAACUCAUAGGGUUAAAAGCCUAAUAGCGCAUCUUUUUUUUAUAGGAAUUACAUUUAUGUCAACAUGAUGAUGGGGUCAAGAGACAACAUAAUUCACAGACAUGCUGCCCCACAAUUAGUAACCCCUACAAACAGAUGCUUCACAUAAACCCUUUCCCUGCCAGUAGCUAGAAAUGGCAUCGCACUUCAUGUUCACUCUUGGUAGGUUGAUGUUGCUUGCUUAUGUACCUGGGGUUAUUAUAUUGAAAUACACUUGGUUUAAGGGUAGCACAGACAUGUAAAUGAAGGAGAUGGGCAUCUUUUAUUGUUCUUUGCCCAGCAUGAACGUACUUAUACCAACCCCUCCUCUUUCCUACUACCCCUUCCUGUCCCUCCACUCUUGGGAAAAAGAAGCUAUUCCAGGAUCGCUUCUGUGUUCUGUUUUUCUUAAGUUGGAAGACUGCCCAUACAUGAUAGCUUUUAAGGAAAUGCUUGGAGACUGCUAACUAAAACAAGAUGCUUCAUUAUUCACAAGUGUUUGCAAGCAACAUACAGUUGUGAAUUGUUAUCUAUAAUACAGAUAAAAAGAUUUUGUACCAGAGAGUUAUCAGCCACCUGUAAGGCUGGAGCAGCAUAGAGAUGUAUUAUGUGUCAACUAUGAGGUAGCCUUUUGCUGUAAACAGAAUAUUUCACCCAUGUAAAUGAACAAUGUGCUUACAUCAGUGAUAUUCACAUAUGCAAGGAGCUGAGGACUUCUGCUUUAGAGGACGUGUUUUUUCACAUGAAAUAAAACAAGAGAACUGGUAUCUGAUAUUCAGAAAUUCUGAUGUGUGUCAAACUCAGAGGUACUUACUAACAUCAGUAAAGGUACUUACAUAAAGGUCAAGGUUAUUUGGUUUGUUUUGAGUAAGUAGGACUGUAGACUAGUCUGAAAAGAACACAACCACAACACUAUACGGUAUGUUCCCUGAGCAAAGUUCUUUGUCUUGCGUACGUUACGUAAUAGUGAUAAUCUUACCAUAUUAAAAAAAAAAACCCUCAACUUCUAACCACAAGGUAUGUUUGGUAUGUGCUUAGUUCAGUCUGGUGAGAUGCUGAAAAGAUUUUAAAUCGCACCUAUAAAGUCCACGGUUCUCAAGUGUUUAUGUGUCUGUUUUUUAUCAUGAUCUCAGCUCUGAACCUGUAAAUGUAAACAGGGAAUGUCCAAUUUUCAAGUCCAUGAUUUCCUAUUUCUAUAAGGUC